AUGAUCUCCAUGUACAAGUCCACUGAGGAAGAAAUAACCACGGUGAUGGGAGCACUAAACCGACAUAGCGUCGUCCAGUUUGUCUCCUCGGGCAAAUAUGGGAAGCCUCGAGACCUCGUGUUGAUUGUUAUAUUGCUGCUUACCGUCACAUGGCUUGCACGGCGGAUAUUCCGACGCGACCUCAGAUCCAUUCCCGGACCAUUCCUGGCUUCUGUAUCCAACUUCUACCGGCUUGCCAUGGUUCUUGGAGGCCAAAGCCACUGGAAAACGAUCAAACUCCACCAAAAGCACGGCAAUUACCUUCGCCUGGGACCCAACUUUGUCUCAGUCAGCGACCCUGACGCGUUGCCAAUCAUCUACGGAAUCGCAAAAGGCUUCCGCAAGUCAGACUUCUACACGGCGCUCGACCCGGUGGUAAAUGGGCAGCUGAUGCAAAGCAUGUUCGCCACGCAGAGCGAUGACUGGCACAGAGCACAGAGGAAGCCGAUCGCCCACGCCUAUGCCAUGUCGACACUGGUCUCGUAUGAGCCGCUGGUCGAUUCCACGACGGCCAUCCUGAUCGAGGUAAUCGGAAACAGAUUCGCCUCGACCGGACAAACAUGCAACUUAGCACAAUGGCUUCAGUGGUACGCCUUCGACGUGAUGGGGGAGAUCACCUUUUCAGAACGGUUUGGCUUCCUGGAGCAGGGGCGUGAUAUUGGGGAUAUUUGCCAAGGCAUACACCAUCAUUUCACCUAUGGAGCACCGGUCGGUCAGAUACCUUGGUUAGACAGGUUCUUGAGACGGAACCCUCUACUACCGAAACGAGAAGUCUCGGACCCAAUGGUUGCGUUUACAGCCCAAGCAAUUGGAAAACGCUUACAUUCGUCGGACACGCAACAACACCAUGACUUUCUGUCACGAUUCUUGAACGCAGAUAGUGGUCAGGACACAAAGGAGGCUCAUUUCCGAAGUGUUCUAAGUUGGUCGGUCAACAACGUCGGCGCCGGCUCCGAUACCACGGGCAUUACCCUGACCGCCGUGUUCUAUCACUUGCUUUCAAAUCCACGCAGCUUGGAAGCCCUACUGAGGGAGAUAGGGUCGACAAAAUUAGCCUCUAGCACAGCGGUAAGCUGGAGAGAGGCACAGAACAUGCCAUACCUCCAAGCUUGUAUCAAGGAGGCUCUUCGGCUGCAUCCCGCUGUUGGCAUGCCAUUGGAAAGAGUGGUGCCAGAGGGCGGGGUGUCCCUCGGUGGGCACCGAUUCCGGGGUGGCACAAUCGUCGGGGUCAAUGCAUGGGUGCUACAUCGAAACAAAGAUGUGUUUGGACAAGACGCUGAAGUUUGGAAUCCUGAGCGUUGGUUAGAGGCCGAUGCUCAGCAAUUAAAAGCAAUGGAGAGAGCUACGCUCACGUUCGGAUCUGGGUCUCGUACCUGCCUAGGGAAGAACAUCUCCCUGCUCGAGAUAUCAAAGCUGGUGCCGCAAGUAUUGCGAUCAUACGAGAUAACCCUGAUGACUCCUGGAGAAGAAUGGCAGGCAAAGAACUUCUGGUUCGUGAAGCCGGAAUCUCUCAACGUCAAGUUUAAAGCGAUUCAAAACAGAUAA